CCUCUUAUUAUGUUUGUAACGUGUCAAAACAAAACAGGAGACAUGUGCUGAUCAAGCUUUGAGAACUAUCAGUUAUUUCUCUCUUAUAUGAGCAAAAUAGGGAUUUAAAAUUAGCACAGAAGAUAACCUUGAUCGGGUUUGUGUUUUAACUGUGGUGUUGGAGUGACAGGUUGGUCCGAGUGGCAGGUUCCCGGUGUCAGCUGGUAAGGCUCUAGAGGAUGCCACUCUCUAGGGAGGAGGAAGAGGCUUUAAAUGAUCACUUUCUGGUCAACAGCUACGUGGAAGGUUUCACCACAAGCCAGGCUGAUGCAGUUUUAUUUUACCACUUUAAAUCGACUCCCAGCCAAGACCUUCAUAACCUUCACCGCUGGUAUAAGCACAUAGCCAGUUUUGGUAGUGAUAUAUCUAAGUUUGCCGGCCAUAAAAGAAACAACUUGACUCUCUCUUUGAAUGGAAAAAAGAUAACAAUCGCGAUGGAGAACAACAGUGAGAAGCAAAUUAAUGGCGAGGAAGGCACGGAGCAACAGGAGCAGAAAACAGCUGAGGACAUUGUUGACCCGUGGAAUGUACAGGCAUCUAGUAAUAAGGGCAUUGACUAUGAUAAGUUGAUAGACAGAUUUGGGUCUUCUCGUAUUGACGAUACUCUCUUGGAAAGAUUUGAGAAGCUCACUGGACAGAAGCCUCACCACUUUCUGAGACGAGGGAUAUUCUUCUCACAUCGGGAUAUGCACAGAAUUCUUAACCUGAUUGAAGCAGGCAAGAAAUUCUUCCUUUACACUGGUCGGGGUCCAUCAUCAGAAGCCAUGCAUCUAGGGCACCUCAUCCCAUUUCUUUUAACUAAAUGGCUCCAGGAUGCAUUUGAUGUCCCCUUGAUAAUCCAGCUGACUGAUGAUGAGAAGUACCUCUGGAAGGACCUGAAGUUGGAACAAUGUAAUAAACUUGCUUAUGAGAAUGUAAAGGACAUCAUUGCAGUUGGAUUUGAUAUGAACAAAACAUUUAUAUUCUCAGAUAUUGAUUUUCUUGGUGGAGAAUUUUAUAAAAACAUUUUAAGGGUUCAGAAGCAUGUUACGUUCAACCAAGUCAAAGGAAUAUUUGGGUUUGAUGAAUCGUCUAACAUUGGCAAGAUCAUGUUUCCCGCUAUUCAGGCAGUUCCAAGCUUCUCAUCCAGUUUUCCUUUCAUAUUUGGUGAAAAGAAGGAUAUUCCCUGCCUCAUUCCCUGUGCAAUCGACCAGGACCCUUACUUCCGAAUGACAAGAGAUGUAGCUCCAAGAAUAGGAUUUCAGAAGCCAGCACUCAUCCACUCUACCUUCUUCCCAGCCUUGCAGGGUGCCAGCAGCAAGAUGAGUUCCUCAGAUGAAAAUUCAUCAAUAUUCUUGACAGACACUGCCAACCAAAUUAAGAAAAAGAUUAAUAAAUAUGCUUUCUCUGGUGGUAAAGACACGUUAGAGGAGCAUCGAGAAUUGGGUGGUGACUGUGAGAUAGAUGUUUCCUACAUGUACCUCAAAUUCUUUAUGGAAGAUGAUAGUAGACUAGAGGAGAUCCGUCAACAGUAUUCCUCAGGCAAAAUGCUUACAGGAGAACUUAAAGCUGAGUUGAUCAAGAUUCUUCAGAAGUUGAUAGCUGAACAUCAAGAGCGAAGAAAAGUAGUUACCGAUGACACAGUUAAACAAUACAUGACCCCACGAGCACUUAACUUUACCAUCCAGAAAUGAGGUUGUUCAAUCUUAUGGAAUCUUGUUAUUGAGAGUUUGAUACGAACUGUACUGUAUAUUGAAUAAUGAUGCUGUCCACUUUGAAGCUGUUGUUUUAUGAAUGAAAGAAUUUGUAUACACUAAGAUCUCAAUUCUGAAGUACUGUACUGUAGUCAUUUUUUUAAAUGAGACUUACAUUAAUUCAUUUUUAGCUGAUAAAAACCUGAUUUCUCAUGCUUUAAGGCUAAUCAUGUCAUUUUAAAUGAAUAUUUAAUGUAAAAAUAUUGGUAAUGGUGUAGAAUGGACAUGUAAUAAUUGAGACAUUUAUAUUUUAUCUUAUUUAUAAAAUCUUGGAUGUUUUUGCAGAAUACAUUGCACUUCACAAA